AUGCUCAUGCUGGAGAAGCCCGUUCUGAACUGCUUGCUCGACAGUCAAAUUGGUGCUCUUGCAGUGACUGAGAAGCGCAGGGUAGCGUUCCGCGAGGGGGUCAUCUCCAUCCCACGCAUGAACCACCAAUUUGCACAACCUCGUGAAAAAACCAUCAGCGAGUCCAUCGCCAACAUCCCCGACGGCAGCACCAAGCGCUACACCCUCCAGCUGCUCAAGCCCGGCGUCGUGUUCCGCGAGGAGGUGUUCUUGAGCAAGAGCAAGCCCUUCGUCACCUUCAUGUCCGACCCCGGCAACCCCGGCGUCAUCGUCUGGAACGACACCGCCACCACCCCGGGCAAGGACGGCAAGCCCCUCGGCACCGUCGGCAGCGCCACCGUCACGGUGGAGUCCGACUACUUCAUCGCCUCCGGCCUCGUCUUCAAGAACGACGUGCCGCUGCCGAAGCCGGGCGCUAAGAAGGCCCAGGCGCCGGCGCUGCGGGUGCAGGGAACCAAGGCGACCUUCUACAACGCCACCGUCAUCGGCGGCCAGGUCGCGCUGUAUGACCAGAAGGGCCUGCACUACUUCAAGAACUGCACCAUCAAGGGCGCUGUUGCAGAUACGACGCAAGCUAGCUAG